AAAAUCAUAGUUGUUGUUUUUUUAACACAAUUGUCUCAAAACAGUCCCAACCACAGACCUGGACCAGUCCCCGCUGUGAAGCCCCCGUCGUCGUUGAGAAAACUCGGGUAUAUUUUCACUCUUAGUUUUCUAACUUUUGUUUCUGCUUGAUUUGAUUCGUCUGACAUUGAUUUUUUAAAAUUCGCCACAGUUCAUCGAAUAUUGUGUCCGUGAAACAACUCUGAUUAUCAUUAACAUUAAAGUUGUCUUUUGGUUAACGCUGUGUCUUUCAUUACAGACUGACUCUCCUGGCCGCAGUGCUCUGUGAGCCGCUGCUUUGGUCUGUACAGCUGCACUGCAGAGUCGUUCCAGACAGAAGUAACAGAGCUCAGAGACACGGAGCCUUGUAGUGCGUUAGCUUCACCACCAUCUUUUCGACAUCUCACAACAUUGAUAUCCACUCCCCUCCUCUCCAUCCUCUCCUCCUCCCCCUUUCUCUCUCACGUAGUGGCGACAGAGUGACUGCCUGCCUGCGUCAGCCAACGACUGCCCAUUACUGAAGCUGUGUGUGUGUGUACGUGUGCAUUGAUGGAAAAGCAACUGAGUCAGGGAGGGCUGUCUCUCCUCUCUCCUGCUGCUCUCUCCAUCCUUCACUCUGCCAUCUCCUCCUCUCCUCCUCCUCCUCCUCCUCUGCUGCCAUGGAGCUGGAGCUGAAUCACAGCAGCAGCAGCAUCUGCAGAAAGAGAUGAGGAAGUAGAUGCUUGGGUGCACGUGGAGCUCCACUGGGCCAGAAUGGAGCUUGUGUAUCUGAGGAGGUGGGCACCAGGCUCUGCUGUGGUGUUCCUUCAGACUCUGGCCUUGUCCUGGACAGGUGCUAUUGAACCAGGUCCUAAAAUCGAUGGAUGGCAGCAGGCGGCGAUGACACUGCAGGAGAACACAACGCACAAGUUCAACUGUCAGGCAGAAAGCUGGAACCCCCACACACCGCCCUUACUCACAUGGUACCUGAACGGGGAGAAACAGAGGGAGCCGUCGCCCAACCGCGGGCGUUUGGUGAUGACGUCACAGACGGACUCCACUGUCAUGAAACCAGGGACCGAUCACAACAGCACUUUUGCUCUGCACGCCAGAAAAUGGGACAAGGAACUUGUGUGUGUGGCAUCGAACCCCCGAACGGGAAAGAGCUACAACGCUACUGUCACCCUGAACAUCCAGUGUGCGUUUCAGCCCGAGAUCCUCAGGGUCAAGGCUCACUACAGCGAGACCUCUGACCCCGGCCUGUCUCUGGUCCUCUUCGCUUUGGUCCGGUCCAAUCCUCCUGCCACCAUCACAUUUGUGGACCAGUCUGGUCAGGUUGUGGCCAACACCUCUGACUUCUUCAUCCUGGACUCUCGAAGCUACCCCUGGCUGACCAAUCACACGCUGAGGGUGACGCUCAGCAGCCUAUCGGGAAAUGUCUCUCUGAACGCCAGCAACAGUGUGGGCGCAGUGCAGAGCAACCUUACACUCACAGAGUUCCUGCAGUCCAGCGUGGAGGUUCCCAUGCUGGGGAUAGUCACUGGUGGAGCCAUGGCCUUCAUGGCCCUCCUCAUCCUCAGCCUUAUUGUUCUCUGCCUCAUGCAAAAAAACAAGAGCAAGUCGAUCGAUGAGCCUGUGGAAAUUCUGAUGACCAAGAAGAGUGACUCUGCCAGUCUGAGGACGGAAAAAACUGAUAAGACCCAAAUCCCCCGCGAGAACAUGUCUCUGCCGUCCAACAUGCAGCUCCAUGACCUCAGUACACUGAGAAGAGCUCGUGAGGCUGUACAGCACAACAGUGUGGGAGAGAAGAAAAAGGAGGAAGAGGAGGAGGAGGAAGACCUGUCGUUAGCCUACGCCGCCAGAGGUUUUGCCAGGUAUCCAAUGGUGGGCUACAUCUACAAGGUGAGCAGCACAAGCAGCGAGGAGAUCUGGCUCUGACACAGCUCCAGCCUGAGCACGGGCCGACUGACUGUACCUGCAUGCGUCAUCGCAGCCAUUCGGCCAAUCAUCCGUCGCCUCUGAGGUGAACUGAGACGAACUGAGAUGCAGCGAUAACCGGUAAUGAAUCUUCAAGUCAACUCUGUCAAAGUGUUUCAUCAGUACGUACCUCAGGUCACCAGCAGGUCAAGGCCAUGACACCAGGCUCAGCCGGGCUACAUGCCGAUGUGUCCAUGGACAAGACAUCUGUCCUUUAAUGCCCCUGUUCGAGUAAUGGCAGUUCGUGACUGUGUGAGUGAAUGGGCGUGGAUGGGUAAGCGGUAAAACCAAAGUACACAAAGUACUCUGAGUUGUUAGUACUGUGUACACCAUUUCCCUGAUAUUCCAUCGAAUGAGGCUGCAUUAAAAAAAGUCCAGAUAAUUACAGCUUUGCUUUAAUUUCUCACAGUAACCACACGCUCGUGCUGUUGUCCUCCCCUGUUGUUGCAUAAUAAAUAAUGUCCUACGCUUACAAGGAAUCCACAAAAUAAAGUACUGUACUGUAUGUGAGAUUUUAUACUUUGACCAAAAGUACCUUAAAAAGGUGGCACAUAUUCAGAGUAUGUUUGUAUAUGGACAUACAACAUAUUAGGUAUUGUAUAUUUGUAUGCAUAUGUACAUGUGUAAAAAAAAAAAAGAACAAGGGUCCAAUAAAGAUACUCUAUUGACAUUA